UGAGCCUUUAGGGGUGGAGCCUAAAAAUAGUGCCGGACAAUUAAUUUUCAACACUAAUAUUUAUUAUUCCGCUGUUAAAUCAAGAGACUGAAUUUUUGGCGUUUACAAUUCGACUGAAUCGAAAAUUGUUUUGUAAAAAAUGUACAGUUUAAUUCACAAAACUGAAAAUGCUCACGAAGAUAGCAUAUGGGCUUGCGCUUGGGGCUCGAUGAAAAAGAAAAUUGAUACACCACCAGACAACGAAGAUUCAAGGGAUUCUAUGAAGUCCAAUGAGGAUGACUCUCGAGAAUAUAUAGUCACAGGUUCCGUUGAUGACACAGUCAAGGUUUGGCAAGUAUCAAACCGCAGUCUAAAGCUCAAGCAUAAAUUAAGUGGACAUUCACUUGGUGUUGUUUCGGUAGCAGUUAAUUCUGAUGGGACCAAAUGUGCCUCCAGCUCACUGGACUCGAGUCUUAGAUUAUGGGACUUGGAAUCUGGAGAAAAAAUAUCUAGUAUAGAUGUUGGUCCAGUAGAUAUUUGGACAGUGGUAUUCUCUCCAGAUGAUAAAUUCAUUGUAUCUGGAAGCCAUGCUGGAAAAAUACAUCUGUAUGGGGCGGAAAGCGGAAAACAAGAACAAACCCUGGACACUAGAGGAGGAAAAUUCACAUUGAGCGUUGCAUACAGUCCUGAUGGGAAAUAUAUUGCCAGCGGAGCUAUCGAUGGAAUUAUAAAUAUAUUUGACGUGACUCAUGGAAAAGUUCUUCGGACACUCGAAGGCCAUGCUAUGCCAAUUAGAUCGCUCAGCUUUUCACCAGAUUCCCAGCUCCUUCUGACUGCCUCAGACGAUGGACACAUGAAGCUAUAUGACAUAAAAGACGCUAACGUGGCAGGGACACUUUCGGGGCAUGCGUCCUGGGUAUUAGGGGUAGCUUUUGCUCCUGAUGGUCAAAAGUUUGUCUCUAGUAGUUCAGAUCAUACCGUUAAAGUAUGGGAGUUGGCGCAACGGCAAUGUCUCCAUACAUUCAAUGAGCACAACGAUCAGGUAUGGGCAGUUAAAUAUAGUCCAGAUAAAAACAACAUGUUAAUGUCGGUCUCGGAAGAUAAAUCUAUAAAUCUCUACGAAUGUCCCAUAUAAUAAUAUGUAUUUUCUCAACAUCUUCAUCAAUAAACGAUCUUUUAGAAAAAAAAA